AUGGAAGCCACGUGGGAGGAAGAAAAUGCCCCCCUCAUUCCCAAAGUUGGUCCUCGCAUCAACUGCCCUCGCUCCACCUUUGCUUCCAGUGACCAUGUCGGCCACAAUCUAGUUGGAAUAAAUUUAGGCGAGGACUCCCUCUACUACGCCGGCCUCCGCCGCUGCGCCGCCGACACCUACCACCCCGCCUCCAACCCAGCUGGUGUCAUCCAGCUCGAGCUCGCUGAGAACCACCUAUCCCUAGAUUUGGUGAGGGAAUGGAUGGAGGAGCCCAAGGAGAGGGACCUCACCAUCAGCGGGGUCGCCACGUACCAGCCAUAUGACGGGAUACUUGCCUUGAAGAUGGAAGGAGCAAGAGGAAGGAGAACCUCGAUGCGCUCGGUCUCUCUCAGGUCUGCACUUCUAUAG